UUCAGCUCCGAGUUCGUUAACAAAUUACAUUCUUCCUUGCAACUUACACAACGGGGCGUCUUGUAUAGAUUCUGAGAAACAAAGCUGAAUGCAGGCCUUUUAAGAGAUUUGAAUGUUGGUGAAUUAUUGCAAGAAUGGAGCCACUUGUUGGAUGAUGCAUAGGCCUAUAGAUCAUAUAGGUUGCCAUUCCUGUGUGCUCAGAAGAGUUGGGGUCCUAAUUAGUUCUACCACUAGAGAGGCCUGAACUCCUAAAUACUAGAUUAAUAUAUAUAUAUGGAUGCCAUAGACUACUGAGCUGUUGUGAACAGAGAGUGCUGUUAUGGCUGGAAGGUUUUGGAAAGAAGCUGCAUCACUUAUUAUUGUUGGCAGAGCAGCAAAUUCUGGGCUACAGAAAUAUGGUCGACAUCAUGCCGAUUAUAAUCUUCUAUUUUUGAAACGAAGUCAGAAGAGUAGAUUCAUGCCAAACGCCUUUGUUUUCCCAGGUGGAGUGAUUGAAAAUUCAGAUUUUUCACAAGAAUGGCUUGAAGUUUUUGAAAAAUGUGGUUACUCGUCUGAUGACCUCUACAGAGACUUCCGGUCCAGUGGGCCGCUUCCAGAUAUGUAUACCAAUAAACCCCAGAAAUCCCUCCUCCCGGAAGUUGGCUUUCGGAUAAAUGCCAUCCGCGAAACCUUUGAGGAAUGUGGCCUCUUAUUGUCCUCACAUCAGACAGAACCCAGUCUCGGUCCGCAGGAUUUGAAGGAAUGGCAAGAGGCAGUGCACAAGGAUUCUCUAAAGUUUUUGAAGUUUUUCCAAGAAUUUGGAGGGUGCCCAGCCAUCUGGAAGCUCCAUGAGUGGUCCAACUGGCUCACCCCAACAAAGAUGAGCAGCCGGAGGUUUGACACUCUUUUCUUCAUUACCUUCCUGGAUACCAUACCAGAGCUCAACCAUGAUGAUAAGGAAAUCUCAGGGAUACAGAUAUCAUCACUAGGCAGCAUUCUGAGACAGUGGCACAAUGAAGACCUGUGGCUUCCUCCUCCCCAACUGUAUGAAAUCAGUCGUUUCCUGCAGUUCACACAUUUUGACAAAAUGAAAUGUUUUGCGCAAGAACGUGCGAAAAAAGGUCUGGAACAAUAUUUACCAGUGAGAGUUAACACAAACAGUGGUGUUAUAAGUGUACUACCAGGGGAUGACCUCUACCCUAAGACACCAGACUUGUAUGGAGAAGAAGACAUGCAAAGCAUUGAUUCAUCUCAAGAGGAACUUCGCCAGAAUGCUCAGUGCUUGCAUCGCUUGGAGUUCAAAAGUCUUUAUAACUGCCAAAUUUUCAUGAAUAUUUCACCGAGGAAUGGCCAUGUGAAACCUGCAGAUUUCACGGAUUUGUUCGAAGAUUCAAAAUUGUAAAACUGCUGUAAAUAGUAAUUGUGUUUGUAUUAGUAAGAGUGAUAUUAUUUUUGAUACAUUUGGGACAUAAAGUUGAGUAAAUAGUAAAUGUUUGAUAUGAUGAAAAUGAUAUGAUUUAACUUCAAAUAUAAAAUGAUUUUAGAAGUGACAGUAAAUCUAAUUAAUUUAUUUCUAUUUAUGUUAUUGUUUAAAUAAUAAAAUUUAUUUUAAUGACAAUGUUAAUGUUUCAUCUAUAGAUUUCAAUGCCUUCAUCAUGACAGGAAUUAAAUAAAGUACUGGUACAAUUUAGAUAUAGUUUUACAGUAGGCAUUGCAGAGUAUAUUUUCAUCACCAUUUGAGACAUGUUAUAUUUAUAGAUAAAAGAAAAAGUAGGAAAAAUUAUAUGCUUACAGACAUAAACUCCUACUGUCUUACAAAUACUCUUAAUUUGUCUACAUUUCAUAAUGAAAGUACCUUAAAAUAUAUUGUAAAAAAAAUGAUGUGGCGAAUAAAGGUAUUUCAAACUAAA